GUUUACUCAAAACUACGAUGUAAUGGUGAUAAGUUCUCUUCCCGUUUCCAUUUUAUCGUGAUUUAACAGUUCUUGCUACUGAUUGAAAUCCAUUAAAAUAGAAUACAUUCAAUCAGAUCAGAAUGAACUCCAAGUAUUUAAAUUAUUCCGUUCUGUUCCUCGGCUAUUUUGGCUGUGUCAACUUCACUGUCAGUGGCACCCAUCAGACAUUUCACAACAUCAGAAGAAGGAUGAACCCCUUCCAGAGAAUGUGCCUCUGUAACAGACUGAACCCGAGGGUACUAAGCAGAGCAGUGUUAGAAAUGUAUCCCGGACUUUUUAAUACUCAGAGGAGUCUGCGAUUUAUGCCUGUUGUCAAACCAGUGGGAGAACAUUCACAUUCACAUGGCACGGGAUCUUAUGUAGGAAACACAGUAACAAAUCUUAACGGGGAAUCCAAGUCAUGUUGUCCCACAAACUAUGCUUUUGAAAUACUCAACAAAACCAAAGAGAACGGCAAUCAACUACGUGUUGUUCACUUUGAUCAUCAGUAUCAAUUUGUUCCAGUUGGUCGAUGUGUGUCGAAUUCAGCUGGAAAAUGUGGGUGGGGUUCUUGUGUACAGAUGUACAGACAUUAUUGGAUGCUGGUGUGGGACGAUGAUUUAACUCACUUCCCACCCGUUAGGUUUAUCCCGGUAGAAAUCCCCUCCCAUUGUGAAUGUGUCAAUGUUGGAAGAAAAGGAUGAUACGUGAUAACAGUUUGAUAUGCUAUAUAAUUGAGAACAAGGAUGACUGUUGGUCAUACUGAGAUUGGUGGGAGAUUCCUGGACCAAUGACGAGAAUAUCUCUCAGUGACGUACCAGCAGGCACUACGACCGAAACAUAGAAAAUAACAUUAAAUACUUUACAGGACCUGUUUAGGUUGCACUUUAAUUAUGUGGUGAAAUUUGCUGUUGAUGUGUGACCUUUACUUUUCUGUCGGGGUGAACUUCCUUACGCUUGUCAUAACUUAUUUGAACAUUUCCGUCGGUUCUUGAUCAUUUAUUGUGUUCUGUUAGAAGAUGAGACUUUUUCAGCUGUCAUUGUGAUAAGCAUUUACUGAAUGACAUGGACUCUGAUUUUCAGAUGUCUACCUAUAUAUUAACUACAUGGAGGAAUGAUCUUGAAUAAUUCAGUAUUUCUUUGAGUUUUAUUUGACAUUCAUUUAUAUUUUUGGGCGUUCAUACACUGUUGGUUUUUGUCGAUUCAUGCUUUCAAUAAAUCUUAUCUUGUCAACGAACAAUAAUCAAUUUGUUAUCUUCAAAUUAAUAAGAUAUUCAAAUUUAGAAGUCCCGAUCAUCAAAUUUCUCAUUUGAGCUUCAAGGAAAAUGACUGAAUUGGCGAUAAACCGAAAAAAAAGUUGAACUGUAAUGUUUUACAUAAGCUUCCUUUCUGUGAAUACUUUUUUCUUAUAUCUUUUUAUUACGUACUAUUGAACAGCUGAAAGCUUAGCAAACAUUUCAAUAUUUUAGCGUCUCGUAAACCAGUAUACAUUUACUUUUACUUACUGGUAAAUAAGUUGUAUAAU